CAAACCCUAACCCCUUCCCCCUAAUGGGCGACCGAUGUUCUCGUUCGUCAGCAAGAAGUUCGACCGCCGGCGAGACUCGAAGGUGGCUUCGGUUCGCAGACCGAAGCUGGAGCGGAGGAACGCCAGUAAGAAGAUCGACUACGAUGCUUCGUGGGCGUCGACCUCGUCGGACGAGACGCCAUCGCUGGUAACCCCCUCUCUCGACCUUUCACCGGUGGCGUACUCAGACCAAACAAGUUUCCGGAUAGGAGGUAGCGUCGAAGGGGAGAUCGACAUUCUCUGUCGCAGCCUGGGUCUCUCCGGCCCUGAGGACUUCGCGAUCCCAGCCGCCGCGUGGGAGGCUUCCGUCAUGGUGCAAUCCUCCUGCGAUCUUAUCCAUCGCUCCCGAUUGUUCAGCUCUGAAAGCUCGCUUAAACCGCAGCAGAAUUCGCCUCCCACCUCGUUUAGUCUAGCCGAGGGAGAGAAGCCUAGGGCGGGAAUUAAGGUGGAAGAUGACGAGCCGUCGAAGUUAUCUCCUUCGUUUGGUUGCGGAAGCGGCGUUGGAGUUGGAGGAAUUAAGGGCACUAGACCGCCGGCCCUUGCUACUCCUCUGGCACCGAUUUCCGUGCUUGUCCCUCCGCCGGGUAGGUCGGUCCUUGCGCCGCCGCCUUUUAUGAAACAAUCUGUUCCUGAAAGAACGACCUCCACGUGCGACAUAUUGAGAUCGUUUGCUCCGACUGACGAGAGUGAUGAUGGAAAUAAGAGGAGCUCUUUUGACUUGGAUGAGAAGGCCGAUGAAGACGGAAAGGAAAGGGUAGGCGGUGGAGAAGCUAGGGAAAUCGUGGAAGAUUUGUGUGUGAUUUUAGGGGAGACGUCGGAGGAUUGCACGGGAUCGUUCUCGACUUCUAAUGACGAUGAUUCGUCCAGCACCACUACGGAAUCGAUGUUUAUAAUUUCUCCGAUUGAACGGCUUAAGAAAAUUAUUGGAUCUUGGAUGCGGGGGCAGCUUCUUGGGAGCGGUUCAUUUGGGACAGUGUACGAAGGAAUCAGCGAUGAUGGUAGAUUUUUUGCUGUUAAAGAGGUAUCUUUGCUUGAAAAGGGAAGCUGUGCUCAACAAUGUAUUCUCCAACUCGAACAGGAGAUUGCACUUUUAAGUCAAUUUGAGCAUGAAAAUAUUGUUCAAUAUUAUGGAACGGAAAAGGAAGAAUCAAAACUAUUUAUCUUCCUCGAACUUGUGACACAAGGUUCUCUGGCUUCUCUUUAUCAAAAGUAUAGGUUGCGUGAUACACAAGUCUCAGCGUAUACUAGGCAGAUCCUAAAUGGCUUACAUUACCUUCAUGAGCGGAAUGUGGUGCACAGAGAUAUCAAAUGUGCCAAUAUAUUGGUUCAUGCAAAUGGCUCUGUGAAACUCGCAGAUUUUGGAUUAGCUAAGGAGAUAUCCAGCUUCAAUUAUCUGAAAUCUAGUAAAGGAAGUGUAUACUGGAUGGCUCCAGAGGUUGUCCAUCCUAAGAAGACAUAUGGGCGCGCAGCUGAUAUAUGGAGCUUGGGUUGCACUGUUCUAGAGAUGUUAACACGAGAAAUACCUUAUCCAAACGUGGAGUGGCAACAUGCCUUCUUCAAAAUUGGUCGCGGUGAUCAACCUCCUAUCCCCACUCACCUAUCCAAAGAAGCACAAGAUUUUAUCAGGCAAUGUGUUCAGGUGGAUCCAAAUUCUAGGCCCACUGCUGCUCAGCUAUUAGAUCAUCCUUUUGUCAGGAGGCCUGUGAAAAUCUAGACCAAUAGAUCUCUUCAUUCAUAUUUAUAUUCAUCCACAAAGCUGAUGCUCAGAAUAGGCAUUCUGGAAUCUCUCUGUUCUUUGAGAGUUCGCAUCAGCGCCGCUGGAAUUAUUCUUUGCUUAACCUUUUUGCUGCCUAAGCUUCAGUGUUUUACUGAUAAUGCUAUUGUAUUCAAGCUGAAAAUAGCUAAUUGGACUCUUUAUUUUUUAAUGUAAAUUAAAAAUAAGUGAAUUUGUUUUUUUUUUUAUUUGCUAAAUUGUCAUUUUAAUAUUGAUAUGAAAGAAUAAAAUUAAGUAA